CGCGUCCGUGCUUCCUCCAGGUUGGUUGUUGAGCGCGCACCGCCCCGCCCGACAAUCAAACAAUCGGAAUCACCCUCACAGUGAGCGGCUCGACGAUUACAGAUCUAUCUGUUCACUCCGGUCGGCACAUCUGUAUCUGUAACUGUUCGCAGUAUUUGCUCUCGGGGGUAAUGUGCUAGUGAGUGUUCGCUCUCGUCGCAAGCCGGGUGCAUCGCUGCGCCUCGUUACGAAAUCAGUGACAAGAAGUGCUCCUGGAGAAGAGGACUGAUAUUCUUCCGUCGUGUUUUCGCGCAUCGCGUUUUGAAUUGUGUGACACAGUGUUCGGUUCGCCGCAUCGAUCCGCUCCGAACUCGGUGUGUUCGCGUGGUGAUUCUAUGAUGGACAACUCGGGAAUGGACUCUGAUCAUAGUAGUCACGCGUCUUCCGGUUCCCCGGCAAUCGCCAUCAAACCGCCGCCGUCACCGAUCAAUAACAACAACAACCACCAUCAUCAUCAUCACCAUCUGAAUCAGGUGCAUAGUCCGCGGCAAGCGUCGCCGCUAGGUCCACCGAUGUCGUUGGGACAUCCGCUCAGUCCGCCGCCGGUGUCGACCGCCAAUCUUGUUCGUAGUAUGGGUUUGGGCCAUCUCCCGCCGCCCGGUCUAGGGCUGCUCAAUUCGCUGGGUGUGCUUCACAACCCGCUUGACCUGAUGGCCCAUCAUGGACCACCACGUUCCUACAACAGCCCACCACCAAUCUCCACCUCUGACCCGACAGCAAAUGAAUGCAAAUUGGUAGACUAUCGUGGUCAAAAAGUGGCGGCUUUUAUCAUAGCCGGAGACACUAUGCUAUGUUUGCCACAGGCGUUUGAACUGUUCCUGAAGCACUUAGUCGGUGGGCUACACACGGUGUACACUAAAUUGAAGAGGUUGGACAUCGUCCCGCUUGUCUGCAACGUGGAGCAAGUGCGCAUCUUGCGUGGUCUGGGCGCAAUUCAACCCGGCGUGAAUCGUUGUAAGCUGCUCUCGUGCAAGGACUUCGACACACUCUACAGAGAUUGCACGACGGCCAGCUCCAGGCCCGGUCGACCACCGAAGCGAGCGCCAGUGGGUCUCAGCUUGGCGGCGUCCCACCUCCAGCACCAACAGAUCAAGAAACAUCGCCUCGACAAUGGUGACUACCCCUACGAGAAUGGACAUAUGGAUAUGUCACGACUGGAGAAAUCACCGCUGUUGGCGAAUGGAUACAAUCAUCCGCCACAUUUGGGACAUAUGCAAUUCAUGGCAAUGCCGCAUCCAGCCGCCGCGCAUUCCGCCCUCCUAUCGCCGGCGAUGCCACACAAUUUGGGUCGACAUGACGGACCUGUGAUCAAGAAUCAGGGCAUGCCAUCAAUGGAGGCUAUCGCCAGAUCUGGUAUCUGGGAAAAUUGCCGAGCAGCAUACGAAGAUAUCGUUAAACAUCUUGAAAGGUUACGAGAAGAAAGAGGUGAUCCUGAAAGAGACAGACCGUUUGCCCUCGACCAAAAAGCCCGCGAUUUGAGUCCCAGACCCGCUUCACCGACAGAUCACAGUCCAGUGUUAAAUUUGUCUAAGAGUGGUGGUGGUAGUGCCGGAUCUUUGGGUGACAACGAUCAUUCGGGCAGUGAAGCUGAUUGUCCCGAUGUGCCACCCUCACCUCGGUCGCGAUCAAUCUCGCCGCGUACACCUCGCCCACGCUCACCCGUUGAAGAGGAUGAGGAGGAGAACAUUACUGAACCUGAGGAGGACGACGAGAAAGAUCAAGAUUUAGACGAUGGUGAUUUGCCAAUGUCGACAGCACCAGGCAGUGACAGCCAACAAGCAGCACUAAACUAUUCAUCGUUGGCCUCGGCGGUGGCAAACGCAAAUGGAGGUAUUGGUGGUGCGCCAGGGCCCGUCGUCGGUGAUGCUUCGAUAUCCUCCACCGAGACCCUUCUUCGCAACAUCCAGGGCUUGCUGAAGGUCGCCGCCGACAACGCUCGCCAGCAAGAGCGGCAGAUCAAUUACGAAAAAGCUGAAUUGAAAAUGGACGUGCUGCGCGAACGGGAAGUCAAAGACAGUCUGGAGAGACAACUCAUCGACGAACAAAAACUGCGAGUUCUGGUUCAAAAAAGACUUCGACGAGAAAGAAGAGCUCGAACAUUAUUACAACAAAAAAUGGACAUAGAAAACAAACGUCGUAUGCAACUAGAAGAAGCUUUGAUGAAUUCUGGUCACAAUGAUCAGCUACGUCUUAUCACAGAAACUUUUGCGAAUGAACUGGAGCAAUUAAAGAUAUCCAACAAUAACAAUGUAGUGCACAGUCAACAGCGUGAACGCCCAGCAUCGGCAUCUGAACGCCAGCAUUCUCGCGAAAUCAGCGAGCAUCGUCAUCAGAACGAAAUGCAACACCGAUCGGCUGAUAAUUCGCCAACGAACUUCUCCACCUCUGGGCAACAGCCUCAACACCAGCGGCCGGAACAGCAGCCGAGAGAACGUGAACAAAGAGACUCGCGCGAACAGCUCAACUCCGGCAGCGGCGCCGGUGGCGGCGGCGACGCUAAGGGAUGGGGUUACUCGGGAAUAGAUCUUAUCAACUCCGGCGCCGCAUUCUGGCAAAACUAUUCUGAAUCGUUGGCUCAAGAAUUAGAACUCGAAAGAAAAUCACGUCAACAGCAGGUCGACAGAGAUGUAAAAUCGCCACUUCAGGAACGUUCCGGCUAUUAUAAAAAUUCGGUCCUCUUCACGAGCACAUAAAGCCGAAUACGCUUCGUUGAAACUCAUGGGAAAGAUUUGCGUUCACGAGCGUGCAUGUAAAAUAAAGCGCUCUUUAAGCUCGAUGCGAGCACGUUAGGUAUGUAAAUAUUUACCAAAAAUUUUCUUGCAUUUGUAAAUUGCGAAAGCACACACAUACAACAUGUUUGAACAUGAAGAUCAUGCAAAUUGAGUAAAAGAAAUUGUGGUUGUAGUAAAACAUUAAUAUAAAAUAUAACACUUUGAUUAAUCAAUAUAAAAUAUAAAUUAUUUAAGAUUAAUAGAUAAGAUAGCACUAAACGUUCGUGUACAUAAUAUCAAUAUUCAAUUAAUGUAAGGAAUCAUUAAUUUUUUACUUUUGCUUGCUUUUUGAUGCGUUUAUUGAUAAGACUGAUUACGUUAUUAGAUUUUAAUGUUUAAAGCCAGUUUUGACUUAAAUUUUGACAAUUCGUUAAACUUCUAACUAUCUAUCUGCAUAAAUUAUUAUUAUUAAUGAUCUUCAGAAUGUUUUUCUAUUUUUUUCUUCUUGCUUGACUAAUUACUUAGUUUUCAUUAACAUAUUUACAUUUCUAUGUUCUAACAACAAGAAUUGUGUGAAAUUAUUACAAGAAAGUGUACAUAUACAUAAUUAUAUUUUCGUUGAUUGCUUGUCGAGUUAUUAAUUGAUUUAGACAAAAAAAAAACACUAAAAACAUGUUAAAAGUAUACGCCUUCUUGACAAUCAUGUGUCAAAACUAAUCAGUCAUCGGAAAAUUACAAACAAUUUAAAACAUUUAGCAAAAAUGAUUUAUUUUUACUUUCAUUGCUCAUUUGUAUUAAGGUCAUUCACAUAAUUUUUAAGUCUAAUAUAAGAUAGUUAAGACAAGCUGUAACUGCAAAAUGUGUGCAAUAUUAGCGUGUAAAUUAUCCAUAUUCUUACGAUUAAUAUGCAUUAAAAUAAUUGAUUAGGAUUUAUAUAAAGUGUUUUUAAUAGGUCCUUUUUGGAAACACUUUGUAUAAUAUUUUAUAUAACCCAUUAAAUAAUAAUUUUCAUUGAUGAAUACAUUGAACAUGUACCUACACCUUGUUAAUAAAAAUAAAAUUGCUCCUUGUAACAUUGUACUUGUAUUGAUUAGCGCGUUAUUAGUGAACGAAUAUAUUAAUAACGAUGCGAAACUUGUGAAUAAAUUGAAACAGUUAAACACGCUCACACCAUUAAUAAUAAAAAUAAACAAAGAGUAAAUAGUGCUCACGGCUUCGUACGUAUUGUGUCUUCUUUCGUUUUUGCCAGUGUGAGUGUGAAUAAUAAGAACACAAAAAUAAUAAAUUUUACAAGAAGUGCGUAAGACUUUUAGUAAUUAACUAUUGAUUGAUUAUUUCGAUUAUUUGCUUGAAAUCGUGUGUAAGUACAUGUAAUGUGUAUGCGUGUAACCAAAAUAUCAUUAGUAUUUGAUGAAUUGCGAUUAAUAAUAAAUAAUCGAUAAUUAAUCAAGUGAGUACUUUGUAAUUUUUAUCAUACCACUUUAUAGACGAAUAUUGUGAAACGUUGCAAUGUGCGGUGAAUGUGCGAAUGUUAUUUAUUGUACAUAUUUAUCUAUUGUGUGUGUGUGUGCCUUUUAGCAAGCAAAACAUAACAAAAAUAAAGAUAAAGUAAAACGUAAACAAA